GUUACGGUAAUUGUAGUCGAGUGUCAUUUCGUAUGUGUUAUUUAAUUUCUCCUAACCGGAAGUCCAUCAGACGAUUCGAAGGAAAAUCACAUGACGAGGGGAUGAGAAUCAUUCUACAAGGAUACAAUGCUCCAAACUUUAUGACACAACAGUGGAAGUAAAUGAUAAUGCCGGGACCGGAAGAAGACGGUGUACGAGGCACGGGGGGCCAAGUGGACGACAUGACAAUGGCUCUAAUAGACUCGGCCAAUGACAGAACAGAGGAGGGACAGGAACAGAUCUCGCAGGCCCUGUAUGACCUGGGUAAACACAAGCCUGCCCUGGUACUCAGCUCCUGUUACUCUUACCUGAAGAAGCACACAAAGCUGGCCCAAGAGCACCGGGUGAUCCUGCUUCAGUGCAUGGAGAAGAUUGUCAAGGAUACUCUGGAUCAGAUCGAUACAGGACUGGCCACGGAUCUCAUCAAGCUCGGGGCCCUGGAAAUGACGCUAUCCAAGGAGGUGGUACCGGACUGGCAGAAUGCAGCCAGUGGACUUCUGGUGGCUCUUGGGGCUCAGUACUGUGACGAAGUAAUGGCUGAGAUGUUUGAGAGAUUUCAGCCUGGCACUCUCCCUCAUUAUUUUGUUGUCCGGACAAUUGGCAACCUAGCCCAGGCUAAUGUUUACAGGAUGGUCCCCCAUCUGACAGCUGUUCUCAGUACCACCCUUCCUAUGCUUGGAAUGGUUAAACACGACAACAUGAAAUGGGUCUUCUCAGCAGCUCUCUCCAAGUUCAGCGAGGCUAUCAUUGAGUACUGUGCUAACAUUGACAAGGCCCCAGACCCGUCCAUCACCGAGGACCGGUUCUCUCAAGAGAUAGGAUCAGCGUUUGAUGUCCUCUUCUCUAGCUGGCUCCAGUCUAAAGAGGCCAAGUUGCGCCUGACAAUUGUGGAGGCCAUGGGUCACAUGACACACCUGAUGGCCAAAGACAAGUUGGAAGAGAUUCUACCAAGAGUGUUGCAAGGAAUUCUGGGAUUGUACAAGAAACAUCCUGAGCCAUUCCACAUUACACAGGGGUUGUGUAAUGUCCUGGAUGCUGUUUGUACAGAGGGGAAUACGAUCCUGGAGCCCCAGCUAGAACUGCUUCUCUCAGCUCUGUUUCCACAGGUGUUUAAUCCGCCCGACUACAACAACCCAUUCAGCAUCAAGAACCACAAUGAAGUGCUCCGCUGCUUCGCAAUACUUGCUCGUCCAUUUUCUGGGAAGUUGACUGGAAUACUGCUACAGAAGUUGGAGCAAGGAAAUGAAAAAAUCCGAAUCGGAAUCCUGACCAUCUUCAAACACCUUAUCAAUGCAGCAAGUGAAGCCAUGGAGGACAAGCAGGAAGUAGUGGUCUCUGGACUCAAGAUGAUGCUGGGUGAACAAAACAACAAGCUGAAGAAGAUUUUUGCCCAGGUGAUUAUCGCCAUGGCUCACCAUGGUUACCUGGAGUUGGAGGGGGGUCAUCAGAUGAUCGAGUUCAUCGUCAAGCAGUGUUCCCUGCCCAACGACCCACCCCAGGGCAAGCGUUCGACUGACCCAGAGUAUGUGAGUAACCAGGCACUGCGACUGAUGUGUGAUAACGUUCUACAGCUCCUUGCUACAACAGUAGAAGACAUGGAACCAGUCCUCUGGCCAUUUCUGUUCGAGAUGAUCAUUCCAGAACAGUACACAGAGGCUGGAGGAGUGGUCUGUAAGUGCCUUUCGCACCUCGCCAACAAGAAACGAGAGGAGAGGGCCGAAGAUUACGAACUUGACUACGAGAUCCUGGCUAAUACACCCAAACCAAAUGUAAUGAUAGCCAGACUGAUGGUCUUAGCUGGCCGUCCAAAAAAUAACCGAGACAGAGGCAUCCAUGUUCUACAGCUGAUGAAGGGGAUGUCUCCAAACUUCCAUGAGAGUUUGGUGGAACUCUGGGAUACAGUUAUACCAAAGCUCACACAAUAUCUUGAGGAUGCCAGCAAAGAAGACAGUUGGUCUCAAAAGAAUUGGGAAGAUCUCACACUGAAGUUGCUGUCCAAAAGUUUGGAUGUGGUGGAGAGUGAGGACUGGAUUGCUGAUUUGGGAGAAACUUUUGGGAGUCAGAUUCCUCUUUAUCACUCCUAUCCUGAAGAGAAGAACUUCCUGUACAAAUGUAUUGGGAUAAUAAUGAGGAAAUCAACAAAGAAAGACUUUAUCAACAAGCACUUAGACUUGAUAUUCAGCACGGUUAAACACACAGACCAAGUUGAGCGAGAGGGUGUGGCCAUUGCUAUGGGCUUCUGUGCUGCCUCCCAUCUGGAUUCUGUUCUUGGGAAACUGGACUCUGUGGCUAAAAAUGACAUGGCUCAGAAAUCAGGGGGCAUCUUCAAGUUCAUGAAGGACAAGUCAGAAGUUGACGUUGAGCGUAUCAAGGCGACCCUGAUGCUAUGCUAUGGAUACGUGGCCCUGUUCUCACCGGUCAGCCUCAUUGUUUCCAGAAUGGAGGCCACCAUCCUCCGCAGCAUUACCCCACAUUUUGUCAAUGUCAAGACCCAUCAAAGCACUGAACUGAGGAAAGCAGUCAUACACUGCAUGGACCUGAUGGGCAAAGCUUUCCACCCGGAGCGAGUCAAAAACCUGAACUUUGUCUUCUCUCGGAGGCACGAGUUUCUGGUUUGUCUGAAGAGUUAUAUGAAGGCCGAGAGCCUGACCUCACUGACCACAGAGACACGAGCCCUGGCAAUGAAUGCUUGUGCCACAUUAGUAAAACUAGAUCCCAAGCUGUCGGAGGCAGAAGAGUUUGACCUCAUCAAGACAGCCACAGAAUGUGUGUAUCCUCUACCUAGAGAUGGCGGGGGAGUGGCCAAGAAGGGGAAGGAGGAGAUGGAGGUUGAGGUUGAGGUGCUGCUGGAAUCCUCAGUGGAGGCGCUACAUGACCUGUUGAAGGAACUCCUCAAAAAGGACCUCACAACGGAUGGUUUGGACUCCAUAUUUAAGCACAUUGUUCCAUGGCUGUUGUCCACCCAAGACCAUGAGCGAGAGCGAGCCCUGAACACAUUCCUCGAGUGUGCUCAAUUCCUACUGGAACACAUGGAACCAGCCAAAAGUAACUUCAGCAACCAGAGCUCGAUUAUCGCCCGCCUUGUUCCACGCUGUACAGACCCUGAUGCUGAGGUUCGAAAGCUUGCUGUAGACUGCAUCUAUGUCUCUCUUAAAAUCGCCUCACGAGUAGAGGGUCAUCCAGCUGAUUAUAAGGACACAAUGAUUGAUGCACUGCCCACUCUGAAAGAGAGGCUUGUCAAAGGUGACCCCAGUGUUUUAUUCAGUGUCAUCAAUGACCUCUCCAAGGUGAUUGCCAAGAAGAUGCCCUCAGACCAGCUACAGAACUUCCUGGAGGUGCUACAGGAGGGGUUACUUGACCCCCAGUCUCACAGCUCCUCGGGGGCAUGUGUGGUCCUCAACGGCAUGAUGAAGAUCCGAGGGGCCGAGAUCCUGAAACAGGUUGACAACAUUGUUACAUCUCUUCACAAUAAACUAGCAAGCAUUGAUUUCACACAAACUCGGACAGGCACCUUGCGCUCGAUACGGACACUGGCCACUCAUCAUCUGAGUUCUGUACUCAAAACUCUUCUCAGCUACCAGCUGCCAUUUGACAGUGACAUGGUGGAGGUCUGGCAGACCCUGUGUCAGGACCCCCAGCUCACCGCGGCCAUGAUUGACCACAUGUUGGACCUACUACACAAGAGCUUGCCCUAUGAAGAGAGGACCAACGAAGAGGAGACGGUUCGCACAGCCACCAGUCUACCAAUGGCAGUGACUUGUGCCUUAAAAAUAAUUUUUGAUUGUGAAGAGACAGAGGAACAGGGUCUUAAAGCUUACCACACACUGAUGGGGGCAUUAAUGUUACGAAUAGGGUCAUCUGUCGGGGUCAAACCAGUCAGGCAGAAAGAGAUGGAGAAAGAGGACAAGCCAAAAGGCAAGAAAGUGGCUCCUGUGUCCAGCAAGAGCCCUGAACCAAGUCUGGCAGCCAUUGAGACUUUCAGGUCCUUUCUAACAAGAACAAAGAGUAAUGACAUUCUCGAUAUUCUGACAGAGGAAGGAUGCUGGGAAAAGUUUGAGGCAGAGGAAGAUUACCCAGAAGGCUUCACAAUACUCACCCGGGCACUUGUGGCCAGCAGUGUGGCCGCCCCACAUAUCUCUAAGAUUGUGGCUUCUCUCACCUCUGCUCUCUCCAGCCUCUACGACCCCCAAAGAGUUGUGGUGGCAGCAUUUUUUGCCGAGCUGAUUAAUCAGAAGUGUAUGGAUGAUGCUGAUUUGGUGGAACUGGUGAUGAACAGUUUGCUAGGGAGACUGGUCGACUCAUCUCACAAGGUCCGCAUGUUGUGUAUACGCGGCCUCGGGAACAUCGCCAGUGUAGGGUCAGAACUGGUGAAAAAGUACUCCACCACAGUACUGUCGGCUAUGAUGGCGGGGAUGGAUGAUAAGGAAGACCCUGAUGAUGACAUCACCACUGAGGCAAUGAGUGGGUUGUCACGGAUACUAUGUGAAAUUGAAGAAAGUCACAUUCGAGCUAUCCUUAUCAAUGUUUCUCUCAAAAUCAGACCCUGUUUUGAGAAGGAGAAGCCAGCAGUGAGAGCUCAAGCAAUCAUUUUAUUUGGAAACCUUUCCCGCUUUGGAGAUGGUCCCUCCAAAGCUCCAUUUCUCGAACAAAUCCAUAGCAACCUUGUUAGUCUUCUGCUUCACCUCAAUGACCCUGAGAUAGAGGUCAAAAAGGCAUGUAAAUUUUCUCUUAGACUGUUGGGUCCUCUGAUGGGAUCAGAGGCCAUUAACAACAAAUUUCAGCGCCAUCUGCUGGAGGAUGCUAACCUUAUCUAUGGAGAAUUCCUAAAUGACCUGGCAAAGCUAAUGAUUGAUGAUUUUCCCGACAAAGUGAACUUUUAUGUGAUGGGUUGUGUCUCCUUCUUCAAAAGUUUUUGGCCGGAGAUCAAAAGUAAUGCAGCAUUAUUUGUGGGUUAUUUACUGGGAAAUUUACCUGAGGCCAGGCAGAGUGCAAUAUCCAAGGAACAUGUUUGCUCAGCGUUAAUCAUGUUGCUCAAGGACCAGACGCCUGCUGUUCGCUGCCGAGCAGCAGAAGCUAUGAGUCUCCUCUACCAGUAUUAGGGCUCUUCUUUUAUACAUAAGUGAACAAACAGAACAGACAGUGGAAAAACUGUGGGAGCCCUGGAGACAUGGCAUGAAAGAAAUCCAUUCUAAAAUCUGAACACAAAAUCAGCACAUAUCAUUGUUACACCAAAUCCAGAGUGAAAGGGGAUCUAAGGGUCAGUGUGACCAAUGACAGUGUUUGUUUUUUUAUUGUACUUUUUUGGAUUUUUUUUAAUGGGUAUCAUACUGGUAUUUCUUAUUUCUUGUUAAAUUGAUUGCUUUUAAACUUGUUAAUGUUUUGAAGGAACAUAUUUAAUUUGAUGGGUGAUCCAGAAAUGUUUCUUGAUUUAGUAAUGUGGCCCAAUGAGCCUUUUUCUAUUUUAAAAUCAUCAUGCAUAAGUGGGUGGCAAAAACUUACUUACUGAAAAACUCUUUUGUUGAUUGGAUGAAAAUGUCAACAUUCUCGUUUUCAACCCCCGGUCUAGAUAGAUUAAAAUGCUGGUAAACAUUUUGGCACAUUCAAUUCUGUUAAUUGAUUUUCUUCAGUUUGUUAUUUUUUUACUUUUGUUACAAAAAAGAUUUUGGCCCAGGUUUCCUAUACAUGUGACUUAAAAGUUCAGUUAAGCUUAGGAAUGUGAAAACAAUAGUGAGAAAGUCCGUAUAUGUUUAUGUACUUACUCGUAUGAUGCAGUAGAUACCAAAUUGAAAGAUGUUUGGGGAUGUAUGUGCAAUAUAUCAUUUUCUGUGUUUAUCAAGUCAAUUUUGUUUUGUUUUUAAUAUACAUGUAUAUUGGUAAAAAAACAUUGACCUGGCUAAAUGUAGCUUGUUUGCUUAUGUUUAGUCGUCCCCCAGAAUUUGAAGUGUUGAAAUGAGAAAGGUGAUAAGUGGUGGGUACAAGGGGGCACAAGAUCAAACUGUGAGGAGUAUUAAUUUACUUAUGUAUUACAGCAUAUAAGAGAUGAGAAUUGUAGCACUCUGUGAGUUGUGAGAAUCAGUAUGACAUGUAUACUGAAUGAUUAUGUUGUUUUUUAUGAUGUUAUUUAUUCAUUAAGGCCCAGUGUUUGAGUGAAAUGAAUGGUUUGGACGCUGCUUCUUUUAUUAUCAAUUUUUGUUUAUGAACCAAAGUGAUUGUUAAAGACCAUUCCAAUGUAAAAGUCUUUGCUUUAAAUUUAUGCAAUAAAUAUGUUAUUCCCUUAAUUUUUUUGUUUUGAAUUUUUGAUCCAAAAGAUUAAUAAAAAAAGAUUAAAACAUG